AUGCCCGCAAGUCUAUUCAGCGACGAUGAGUCGCCACCGCCCUCUCCUGUGCUUGAGCAUCCCAAACUGCGACUCAAUGACCUGGCCGACCCUCCAACGGACUGGCAGUUCCUGGGAGAGACUGUGCAGGUGACCAUGCGUGCUCGUCGGUUCCCAAAAAAGCGUUUGGAGACAAUAGUGAACCAUCACAGUUGGGGAAUCGACAUGGGACUAGCCAAGCGUGCAACGAUUGAGAAGCUUCUAAUUGCUCUUUGGAAGCUACUUUACCAUAUGGCGCCUGACCACCUACCGACGUCGUUUGCUGAGCUCGCGGACUUUUCCAGAGAUGCAGGCCCUCGGUUGCUCCCAUAUACUAUUCAAAUUGAACGCGUCCCCAUUAGCAGAUAUUAUCCCCAACCGCCAGCAGAUAGCAAAGCCCUGAGUUUGCGGUUCACAAGACCGAGUGACGCUCCAGCGUCAAUUUCCGAUAGCUAUCUCGAGCGGAUGUCUUAUCCAGUCUCUGGCGGGCCGGUUGACCUCGACGCCACCGAAGAUGAGGAGGAAGAAAUGGGGGAAGAAGGACAGGAGCAGGAGCAGGAGCAGGAGCAGGAGAAGACUCGCCCGGUCGAAAAAACCAAAAGUCCGCUACGAUCGGCAUCCAGUCGCCAUAGUCGCAUCAGCGUCGUGACCCAACCUUUUCAACCUGAAAGACAUACCGCGCGACCGCUCCCGGCUAAGAAUGUCGUUGAGAUAGUCCAACGAGUUAUUAUGAAACUUGCGCAUGCGGACCUCGAGCGACACCACACGACUGCUUGGGCUGGACAUCCGUGUUUGGUGGCGUCCGAACCUCAAGCCCUAUUGAAGAUUCUCGAUAGGACGGUUCCUGCGACGACGCAGGUGAGACUCUUAUGGAACCGCGAGACCGACGAGAUGACACUACAUCCGGAUGGACGUGACUACCCCUAUCGAGGUCGUGGUCCCGUGGGCACGUUCAACACAAGCGCCAUUGAUUGUGUUAUUGUCGCCGCUAAACUUCUUGACGCUGGGUCUACGGUAAUCGAUCGUUGCAAAAAGGGGUGGCGCGCACAGUUGACCCCACUAGAGUCGGCAUUGAUCAAAACGACCGAAGUUGACUGGGAUCUCUGCUUCACUGACGAAAGUGAAAUGCUGCGGAAUAAUUUCUGGCAUGUGGUGAAUGACAGUCUGCCCGAAGUCUGGGCCGGAGAUAUUCCUUGGCUGCAGGGGAUUUGGACCAGGGCGACAUCCAACUUCGCUCAGUUCCAUUUCACCUACUACGAUCAAUAUCGUCCAUGCGAGUGCAACCCCGAUCGUGAACGUGGGGACACCACGGGGCCAUGGAGAAAUACCUUCAUGCAGCCAUCUGAAGUCCCAGAGGACGGUGAAGGGCCUGUCACGAUGCAGACCCGUCUGGCGCGGGAAUUUGCUUUCAGUGUGCAGGUGGAUUGCGACGUCUGCGAUACCCCCAACGCCGUAACCCGCUGGCGAACCUUCGAGAGCCUCCCCGCGCGCUUGGUGGCCAUGGUUGAUCCCGACGUCCCCGUGACGAAACACACGCAAGAUCUCACGUUCGAGGUUGAAACUUUCGCGAAGCGCAUGUCGGUGACAUAUCGCUGGGUGGGCGGGAUAUACGAGUAUAAGGGUCAAUUCCGGGUAUUCUGGGCUGACAACCGCCCCGGCGAGGUCGACCGGGGCGAAGUCCGCAUGUACGACGGGUCCAAGAGCUUGGGAAUGAUUGUUGGAGGCCUUUCGUACGGUCACCCGAGCGAGAGAGUCCCCGACGAAUGGUGGUAUAACAAGACCAUUCCCUUGGUGUUCUACGAACGGGUAGACAACGUCAGCCCCCAGGUUCUGAACACGGUGAUGAGCUCAGUGGGGUCAAUGGUAGAGGCUGUAGAGAACAGGAUGCUUCUUACCGAUGAGGUUGGCCCCUGGGCCCCAUCCAAUAAUGAGGUCUCUGAGCAGCCCGGUCAGUGGGUUUUCCCAAGCGCCGAUCUCUUCAAUAUUCCGCCUCAGGUCAACCUUCUCGCGAGCCCUAUUUCUGAGCAAAGCUAUCCUCUGGGUAUGCAGGACUCGCCUGGGCAAGAUGCAGUUAUAUACUCGCCUCCCUUGACUCCGCGAAUUGAGGAAGAUCCUGCAUCGCCGCCGAUGGGUUCAAUUCCAUCGAACCCUUUAAGUUCACUUGGCCUUGAGAGGAUCGGACAGGGGGAGACUGGAAGCAACCUUGAUUAUCAGGCUCCUAGUAUACAUAACCUGGUGCCUCAGCCUGAUCUUCCAGCUUCUAACCUUCCCACCGCGGAUCUUCCUGAACCUGUUCAGCGACACCCCUCCGACGCAGAGCUGCGGGAGAAGUAUGGUGUCAAUUACACCCGUGAAAACUACAUGAACGAUUAUUAUAACGCGGCCAUGAAAGUCUACUAUAUGAUGAACCAAGACAAUGGCAACACUGGCAAUGCCGCCAGCAUCAGCAGCGUCAAUUUUCCACAGUGGAACCAGGGCAACAUGUAUGGGGUUCCACAGUACUGGCCAGGUAACGGGAGUCAGCUUCAAACACUUCAACAGUUUCAGCAGCAGCAGCAACAACAACAAGAACAACCUUCGCCUUCUCCAAGGUCGAAUUCUCGGUCACGUUCGCACUCAGGACAGGGAAGCGCUGUCGGGUCAGAUGCAGCUCGCCGUCCAUCACGGACAUCUUCGCAAAAGGCACAGACACGUCGAUCGACAGGUCAUCGUAAUGGGAACAAGCGAAAGCGAGGCCCACCUGAUCAAAAGAACAAGAGGAAGAAGAGGAACCAGAGGUUCAAGAAGAAACGGCAGGCUAUCCAGGCGCUCGCUCAUCGGCCGAGAUCUCGUCUUCAGACACCCGAGGGUUGGUGA